AUGCAGUAUGACUGGGAAAAGUGAGAGUGGAAAACAUAGGUUAACUUCCAAUUGUUUGGUAUGUUAAUUUAACAAUCAACGCAAAAAGUAGGCCUACAUGUCUCUUGGCCAUUUCUGUUGUGUAAUUACAUUGAUUGUUAAGUUUAGAGAGGCACUGUAAAUUGCCUGUAGGCCUAGGCAUUGUAGGCCACAUGUUAACUGCCAUUGAGUUCUUUCGACAUCUGACCAUUCGAUAAGUCAAUUAGUUCUCAACCUGCUGAUUGUCAGCCAGCAGUUGUUAUUGUCUCGUCUUUGGGCUGUCACUGGGUACUGUGUCCCAGGGUUUGGCCCUAACACCCAGACCCCAUGGAGCCUCUGAUUUGUGGAACUGACAGACAGUCAAGCUGCUUUGGGCCAGGUGCAGGGAGCAUUAGUGAUGAGUCCCUCAGCCUCAUUUCUCUGCUGCUAAAAAUAUCCUGUUGCGCUGCUCUCAGAUUGUUUCGGAACCUUCAUAUACUGUAUUAAGUAAAGCCAUAUCACUCAGCUAGAUAUCAAAUAGGUAUUGUUGUGAGACCAGGGUAUAGACUGCAGAUGAAAAUGUGCUGUUUAGCUAAAUCUGGCACUAAUUGUGUGGGCCUAAUGAUAUAAAUAAUAAUAAUAAUAUGCCAUUUAGCAGACGCUUUUAUCCAAAGCGACUUACAGUCAUGCGUGCAUACAUUUUUGUGUAUGGGUGGUCCCGGGGAUCGAACCCACUACCUUGGCGUUACAAGCGCCGUGCUCUACCAGCUGAGCUACAGAGGACCACUAAAUAUAUUAUAUAUAUAAUGUCCCUGUUAAAUAGCCUAAAUUAUAUAAAUAAACAUGUAGGCCUAAUAGAUGUAAGCUAUUUUUAAUUAGUAGGUUAACGCUGUAUUUUCAUGUUGUGUCUUUCUUCCAGGGUGCCAUCCACAAUGUCAACACAGGCGCCAACAUUUACACAGCCGCUGCAGAGCGUUGUGGCACUAGAGGGUAGUGCCGCAACGUUCGAGGCUCAAGUUAGUGGUAAGACAUUUCAUUUUUUCUUGUCACAAAAUUCCAGUUGUCUGCAAUUCUAUUCACAUCACACAUUUUGACCUAGCAACCGACCAUGUUUUAAGAAUUUUAUCUACCAAUUGAUAAUCUCAGUCAAUUGUUAAUUGAUUCAAGCAACAUUUUUUUAGCACAAGCCAGAUAAUCUAUAUGAAUACAUAUUAACAUUUGUCAGCAGUAUCAUUACUAAGACAAAUUACAAACUUUACCUCCAGGUAAUCCAGUUCCUGAGGUGAGCUGGUUCCGUGAUGGCCAGGUUCUUUCCGCUGCCGCUCUGCCCGGCGCACAGAUCUCGUUCAGCGAUGGCCGCGCUGUUCUGAUGAUCCCUGCUGUGACAGCCGCACACAGUGGAAGAUUUUCUGUGAGAGCCACCAAUGGUGCUGGACAAGCCACUAGCACCGCUGAACUUCUUGUUACAGGUGACACGUUGUAUUUAUUUUACUUGAGACAGUUUUAAUAGGUGGUUCUGUUAUUGUGUGACACUCAGUAACACAAACGUUCUCUUACAGUGGAGACCGCGCCGCCCAACUUUAUUCAGAGACUUCAGAGUAUGACCGUAAGACAAGGAAGCCAAGUGAGACUGGAUGUUCGUGUUGCAGGAAUCCCUACACCUGUGGUAAAGUUCUACAGAGAGGGAGCUGAGAUACAAAGCUCUGCUGACUUUCAGAUUGUUCAAGAAGGAGACCUUUACAGUUUGUUGAUUGCCGAAGCCUUCCCAGAGGAUUCUGGAACUUACUCGGUAAAUGCUUCAAACAGCAGCGGACGGGCUACCUCUACUGCUGAACUGCUGGUUCAAGGUAAAACUGCAUUACUUCUUUGCUUUUGCUCAUUAAUGAUGGGAAACAGGAAUCAUGUGGCUAGAUGAGCAGAGCAUGAGCCAAAGCUUACUCAUAUUGGUAUUCAUGGUUGGAACUAAAAUACAUUAGUAAAAAACAUUUAAGCAAACAUGUAAACUAAUGUAAUUGAGUAUUUCUGUAUUUUGAAUUCAUGCUGUGUCAAUAGAUUAAAUGUUUGUCAAGUAUUUAUGUUAAUUCUAGAUAUAAUUAUUUUCCAAUGUCCAGGUGAAGAGGUAGCAGUCCCUGCUAAGAAGACAAAGACUGUUAUGUCAGCAUCUUCUCAGAUGAUGUCUUCUCAGACCCGCCAGACCAGAGAGACCAGAGUAAGAGUCUACUGUAGUCUUAGUCCAAAGUCAUAAAUAAGCUUUUAAAAAAGUGAACCCAGUGAGAAAAACUGGUUGAAAAGACAUCAUUUCAAUCUGUUUUUCCAUUGAAAUGUAUUUUCAACCAGUUUUGCUCACUGGGAAGUAUACCUUUAACAAUAGAAAAUGCUAUAAUAGAUAUUAAAUCUUGCUUACUCCUACUUACUUUUUCCUGUUUCAUUUCAGAGAGUGGAGUCACAUUUCCAGUCCAGCUCUAUGAUGGAAAUGCGUGUUGAAGGUGGUGUAGUGAGCCAGACAUUGGCACACAAGACACCCCCACGUGUGCCUCCAAAGCCAACCUCAACCUCCAAGUCCCCAACACCACCAUCUCUUGCAGCCAGGGUUGCAGGGGGACGUCAUCAGUCACCAUCACCUGUGAGACAUGUCAAGGCGCCCACUCCGGCCCCUGUCAGGUAAGACAUUUGAUCUUCAUCCUAUUGGAAUACACAUGGCUGGUUUCCUGGACUCAGAUUACGCCUACUCCUGGACUACAAAGCAUGCUCAAUGGGGAUUCUUUAUUCAAAGCGCUUUGCUUGAAGACUAGGCUUAAUCUAGGUCUGGGAAACCGACUCACAUUGCUAUUGUAGUAGACUUCAAACUCUUAAAUUUGUGUCUAUUCUCAAAUAACUUGUAUGUGACUGUUUUCCAUUUUCAGGUCUGCCUCUCCCAUUUCUGCCUCAAGACUGUCUGUGUCACCAAUCAGACCAGUAAAAUCCCCACUGACCACACGCAAACAAGUAUCCCAUAGUCCAGAUGUGCCUCCACCAUGGAAGCAGGGAGAGGGAUUAGUGGCAGAGUCCAGCUACAGCAUGACUGCUGCCUCUAGUGCCACCCAUGUCCAGACUUCUGCCACCCAUGUUCACAUGGAGCAGCACUGGGAGGGCUCUUAUGGAUUGAAAACGACUGGUGCUGCUGUAUCUGGUGUCGCUGUGAGAGAGGUAAGGAGAUCACCAUCUGGGCCGCUCAACUCUGUGGGAGUGGAGCCAUCUAGUGGUUUACUGUGGAAGUGGAGCCAUCUAGUGGUCGACUGCAGGGUUUCCCAAACUCCAUCCUGGGGAGUUUGCCCUAACACUACACAGCUGAUUCAAAUAAUUAAAGAUUGAUGAUUAGUUGAUUACUUGAAUCAGCUGUGUAGUGCUCGGGCAAAAACCAAAACGUUUGGGAAACCCUUGUCUACUGUGUUAAGUGUGAAUGACUCUCUUGGCUUAUUCCUUUUUAGCUCCUUGUGGAGCAAAGAGCCUCCAUAGAUGUGAAUAUGGCAAAUGAAUGGUUACACACAACAGAAUGUUUCAAUGAGCAUAUAACUAAACAGAUAUGUUGACUUUUUGUCAUCCGUGUGAUAUGUUUUCCUUGUUCAAUAUUAUUACUGUGAUCAAUAACAGAAUGUUUAAAUAGGAGCAAAUUACUACACAGAUAUUACUGAUAGUCAUCCAUGUGAUACGUUUUCCUUGUUCAAUGUUCUUGUAUGAUGUUCAUGCGUUUGAUUGCUUCCUAAUCACACUAACAUAUGACAGUGCCAGCAGUAUUAUCCGGAUGAUAAAGUGAUCGCUGUAGCUACCGUGGUAGCAGCGGUGGACCAGGCACGUAGCCGCAACCCCCUGUCUGUAGAUGGAUCCUGCACACAGACAAGCUCUGCUGCUGUGUUUAUAGCACCAAUACAGGAGCAGGUAGUUUAGAAAUAAAACCCUCUCCCCUCCAUAGGAGCUAUAGGAGUACGGGCUCAUUGUAAUGGCUGGAAUGGAGUAAUGGAACAGAGUCAAACAUGUGGUUUCCAAAUGUUUAAUGUGUUUGAUAUUGUUCCAUUCCAGCCAUUACAAUAAGCCUGUCCUCCUAUAGCUCCUCCCACCAGCCUCCUCUGAUAUCCACCUAGUUACUCUACUCAUAUUUAAAGUUUCCCCGUCAUAUUUUGAGUGUCCCUAUUGACUUUCCCCAUCAAUCUCAUGCUGCAUAAAAUAAUUUGCAACUCUUUUGCAAUUUUCUACCUUCUGUACUUCUUGCACGAGUCAUUGUCCAUAUCCAUCCAAGAUAUGCGCAUUACCCCCACAUCCCAAUAUAUUUAAUAUGAAUGCUGACGAGGAAACAAACCGUUUCAACAACCUUUUAUUGCUGUUUGGCAACAUUUAGCAUACACCAGACAUCAUGAAAACAACAACAGCAACCAAGGCAACAGUGGUGGCAGCAGUUGUUAAACAGGCUAGUGAAGCAGAAGGAGCAACCGUCGGCACUGAGAUCCAACAUGGAGAUAAUAUGGGAACCUUCACUGCUUCAAGUAUGGUGGUGACUACUGAGGAGCAGGUAGCACAGGUGUGAUGAUGACACACCGAGUGGCACAGUGGUCUAAGGCACUGCAUCGCAGUGCUAGCUGUGCCACUAAAGAUCCUGGUUCGAAUCCAGGCUCUGUCGUAGCCGGCCGCGACCGGGAGACCCAUGGGGCGGUGCACAAUUGGCCCAGCGUCGUCCAGGGUAGGGGAGGGAAUGGCCGGCAGGGAUGUAGCUCAGUUGGUAGAGCAUGGCGUUUGCAACGCCAGGGUUGUGGGUUUGAUUCCCACAGGGGGCCAAUAUGAAAAUAAAAAUUUAAAAAUUAUGUAUGCACUCACUAACUGUAAGUCGCUCUGGAUAAGAGCGUCUGCUAAAUGACUUAAAUGUAAAUGUAAAUCAGGCCUACAAAAUUAUCAACAACUUACAUCCCUACAUCAAACAUGUCAAACAAAACAAAACACAGGUAUAAAGAACAAAAUACUAAAUACAUUAAAAUAUAUAUAUAUAAAUUAUAUACCGUAUAUACAUAUAAUAAAUAUUUCCUCCUUUUUACUCUCUCUCUUUCCCCAUAUCUUUUGUCACAUCCCUUUCUCUUUAUGGUCCUGUUUUUGUCAACCACCUGGGGGCGUGUUUUGAGAGGUUUGCUGAGCGCUAAGUCCUCAUCAUUAUGUCACUAACCCACUUCACAAUAUUACAGUGAAUGCACGGUAUGAUGCAAUGAUAUGUUAAAUUACACAAAAUGUUAUUGGUACAUGUUUUGUUACAUUCAUUUGUAUGUUUUGUUAUGUUAUGUCAACAUUUUGUUGGUACUACUGCCAUGGAUGAUGUGUAUGCUAUCUAUGUGCUAGAUGACAUUGAUUGCUUGUUGUCUCAAAGGUUGUGGGUGGGAAAAAAGCGGAGGCAAAGGCUACAGUGGUUGCUGCUGUUGACCUAGCACGCGUUCGGAAGCCAAUGCAUUCAGAGGGUGGUUAUGCUGAAGAGGAAACCAUAGAUUCUGAUUUAAAACAGCAGUCGAUGCUGUCUACUACUGAGCAACAAUUCUCAACGAGGACUGAGGCUGGGCAAAAGCAAACAACAAUUCAAACCUUUGCUCCUGAACAGAGUAUUCAUGUCUCCCAGGUUAGACGUAACUUUUAAGCAGACAAUAGAAGAAGAAAGAAAAACAUUUUUAAAUGAGUAAUUUCUUAUAUUUCUUGGGUUAUAAUGAACUCCAUUGGUUAUUUUAGAUGCAAAGAACUACCACUCAAGUGGAUACUGGCCUUGCACCAUCCCCAAUUCCACAUUUCACAGUUUCAAAAGUUAUGGUUCCUAAACCUGACCAUAGCUAUGAGGUAAGCAUAGGCAACAUCGGGCAAGCAGUGCAACAUAACAGAAAAUAACUAAAUAAUUGUGUAUCGAAUAUAGUGGUAGAUAUUUAUAAAUAUGUAAACGUGGUUCCUGCUUGCCUGAGAUGCAACUUUCUAUCUUUGUAGCAAUCAUACAGAUAAGAACUUAAUACAAAAUGUAAUCUAAACAAUAAUGAUUUGAUAUAUUUGCUCUUGGUCUUAAUCACUCCCCUCCUAUUACCAUUAAUCAAUAGUUAUACUAAGAAUGUAAUAUUCAUUUGAAUAAUCCUCUAACAUACUGUAGUUUUAUAUUUUAUUUAAAUCCCCUCCAUUCAUAUAGGCUUUAAUCAAACUAACUUAGAUUCCCCAUUUUGUGGCUAAACAAAACAAACCCAAGACGUUCAUAAUGCUUUGUUCUGAUUCGUGAUGAUAAUGCUAUUCUCCUUGGGUUGGUCAGGUUUCGAUAGCAGGUUCUGCUAUUGCCACACUGCAGAAAGAGUUAUCCUCUACCUCUGCACAUGCUGCUCAAAAGAUCAUCAAGCCAGUCAAGCCUCCAUCUCAUAAGAUUGUGGUGGCGACAAGAGUGACGCCAGAGCCGACCCCGCCUCCGUUUAAAGAUAUCACCGACAGAUAUCAGACACAUUUCGACACUCAGUUACAGCAGAAACAGAUAGGCACUUCGUUUUCAGGGGGCAUGGAGCAAAUUUAUGAGGACUGGGAACAACAGGUUUGUAACCCAGGUGUUUUUCAGAUACUAGUCCCCAUGUAUCAGAACCUCUCCUCUCCAGUGUCUUAACAGUUCUCCUUAGUUGCUACUAAUCUUAACAUGGUCCUUGUAUACCUCCCCUCCCACGACACCCUCUAACUAAACCAGUCCAUUUGUCUUUUGUCGUCCAAAUAAUUUUUUCUCCACUUCAAAAUGUGCUGGAGGUGUUACACACACACACACACACACACACACACACACACACACACACACACACACACACACACACACACACACACACACACACACACACACACACAUACAGUGUUUGGAAAUAGUAUGACAUUAACAGAGAUGUGUGUAUUCCCUAGGUUGUUGAAACAGCAGUUGUUCCAUCACCCAUGGAGGAGCCAACUGUGCCACCUACUCUUGUGGCUGUAAGUAUUUUCAUAUUUUUCAUUCUUCAUUCUUACAUUUUAAUUACUUUUAUCUAUAGAUUAGCAUUUUACUAAUCAUGUAUGUGUUGUUUUCAGGGCUUGAAGAACUUGACUGUGACUGAGGGUGAAUCUGUGACUCUGGAAUGCCAGAUCACUGGUCACCCUGCCCCUGGCAUCAUGUGGUUCAGAGAGGACUACAGAAUUGAGAGCUCCAUUGACUUCCAGAUCACUUAUGAGAGUAAAUGUGCCCGUCUGGUCAUCCGCGAGGCCUUCGCAGAAGACAGCGGUCGCUUCACUUGCACUGCUACUAGCGAGGCUGGAACCAUCAGUACAUCCUGCUACCUGCUUGUCCAGGGUAAAGAGCAUAAAGAGGGAAAUAAAACAAUGUUAUGUAUCUGUACCUAUACCUUAUUGGGAUUAUUAAACCAGACUUUAUAUUGCAGUGUCAGAGGAGAUUGAGAGCAGAGAGGACACUACUGUGUCUGAACAUGUUGAAACUUCUGCAGAGCAUCAGUGAGUAAAAAACAGCAUUACCUAUUAACAAAUAUGUUAUUUACGAGUUUGCAUUGAAAGCAUACAAAUUGAUAGUUUCUUGCUUUAAAUUUUAGACAAUUUUUUGCUCAAGAUAUUAGAUAGUUAAAUCAUUAAACCUUCCUGUUAGGAUUAGCGUUGGCGCCAAGGAGGAGACCAUGUUGGAGGUGAGCGCUGUUACAGAGACUGUGGAAGCAGCUCCCUUCUUUGUCAAGAAGCCAACUGUACAGAAGUUGGUGGAGGGCGGAAGUGUUGUCUUUGAGUGCCAGAUCGGAGGCAGCCCCAAGCCACACAUUAUCUGGAAGAAGAGUGGAGUGCCCCUUACUACUGGAUACAGGUGACACAUAUCUAGUCAAUCACUAUAUUGAAUUUGGAUUGUUUGAUUGUGCUUUCUACAAUACAUUAUAUUUCCAUCCAUUAGAUAUAAAGUGCACUACAAUAAGGAGAGUGGAAUGUGUAAAUUGGAGAUCUCCAUGACAUUUGCUGAUGAUGCUGGAGAGUACUCCAUCUUUGUCAAGAACCCGCUUGGAGAAGAGUCUGCCUCAGCCAGUCUGCUUGAGGAAGGUCAGUCCUUUGAAUUUUUAUUAGAAAAUGUUUGCGGGGUUGAGUUAUAGCCUUACGCUAAAUUGGUAUUUCCUAUAAACCUUGGAAUAUCCCUUAUUACAGAGGAAUAUGAAGAAUACAUGAAGAAACAUGAAGUGACAUAUAAGACUGAAGUGACUACAAUGGUGCAGGAGCCCAAAGUGGCAGAUGUACCAACUGUUGCUGUUAGUGACUAUGAGACAGAACAGAGGAUGUACAUGCAUCACAGAAUGACUCAGCAGGCCCAGGCGACACGCACCUUUAUCUCCGAACAGGUAUAGUGAUCAGCUGAGGCACCUCACACUAAACACUACAUCAGAUGUUAUCUGACACUUGGCCUGUUUUUGAGGUCAUUUUACCCUACAAUGGAAAUCCAAUAAUUCACUCAAUGGCUUUACUUAAAAAAAAUUGUUUACAGGAACUCAAGGUUACUGUCGUUGAGGAGAGGAUUAUCCAUGAGAUUGAGGUCCGCAUCAUGCAGAUUACAUACCAACAAAUUGUGACUGAGGAUCGGGAAGAGAUGGUGACUGUGGCAGAUCGUGAGGCUGUACAGUCAGCCUUUAGCACUCCAGUUAAAAACUACAGGAUCAUGGAAGGAAUGGGUGUUACUUUCCACUGCAAAAUGGCUGGAACUCCAUUGCCCAAGGUAGUCAAAAAACAUGUAUUUUUAUAUUUUGUGUCCAUUCUACUUCAUAUAAAUGUUGAGAUGAAACAUUGUAUAUAUUUAUCAACCAUUUCUUGUCUCUCAAAAGAUCGCAUGGUACAAAGAUGGCAAGCGUAUCCAUCAUGGCGGCCGUUACCAGAUGGAGAGUCUUCAGGAUGGUAGAGCCAGCCUGCGUCUUCCUGUGGUGCUGCCAGAGGAUGAAGGUGUUUACACAGCAUUAGCUAGCAACAUGAAGGGCAACUCUGUAAGCUCUGGGAAACUGUAUGUGGUUCCCACUGCAGGAGCAGAAGCUCCACAGAUGCCUGAGUCACCGGCUAUGCAGCGAAUGAGGUGAGAUGUUAUACUCUGAAAGGGAAAAAAAUCCCACAUGUAAGUGAGGCUUAAUAGCCUCAUCAUAAAGCCAUCAUAAGAUCUUCUAAUUUCUGUAUUUAUUUGCUCAGGUCCACAUCCCCACGCUCUACAAGCCGCUCUCCCGGACGCUCUCCCGGACGCUCUCCUGCUCGCAGACUUGAUGACACUGAUGAAAGUCAGCUGGAGAGACUGUACAAGCCUGUGUUUGUCUUGAAACCACAGUCAUUCAAGUGUGCUGAAGGGCAGACUGCCAGAUUUGACCUGAAAGUAGUUGGUAGACCCAUGCCUGACACCUUCUGGUUCCACAAUGGUAAGUGUCCCAUAACAUGAUACAUGAAAUAUAAUAUAAUAUAAUAUAUAAUAUAAUACAAAUAAUAUUAUAUAUAAUAAUAUAAUAUAAUAUGCCAUUUAGCAGACGCUUUUAUCCAAAGCAACUUACAGUCAUGCGUGCAUACAUUUUUACAUAUGGGUGGUCCCGGGGAUCGAACCCACUACCCUGGCGUUACAAGCGCCAUGCUCUACCAAUUGAGCUACAGAGGACAAAAUCAUCUAGGAUACGUUUUAUUUAAAAAAGUAUUAAACUAUUAUUCCUCUCUUUGUUCUUUUCAGGACAACAAGUUGUCAAUGAUUACACCCACAAGAUAGUGGUGAAGGAAGAUGGAACUACGUCACUGAUUGUGGUUCCAGCCAUGCCCCAUGACUCUGGAGAGUGGACCGUGGUCGCUCAGAACAGAGCUGGAAGGACCUCUGUCUCCAUGACACUUACAGUUGAUGGUAAGGCUCCAUUUGAAAUAUGUGACUGGCUCUGGAAAAAGGGGUACAUUUUGAUUUGUGCUUCUGUGAAUAUUUCAGGACAUGAAUCUCUUGUUUAUUUGUUAUUUCUUUUUAUGUGCUUGAUCUUUGUUACAUUUACAGCCAAAGAAAACUUGAUUAGACCCCAGUUUAUUGAGAAGUUGAAGAACAUCAGUAUUAAGCAAGGCACUCUGGUUGAGUUGGCUGUCAAAGCCAUCGGAAACCCGCUGCCUGAUAUUGUUUGGCUGAAAAACAGUGACAUCAUCUCCCCAGUGAAGCACCCAAAUAUCAAGUGAGUGUCUUGUUCCUAUUGUGAGUUGAAAUGCAGUUAGUGUAUUGACCUCACAUGUUCUUCUUAGUCUAUUCCGAUACAUUACAGUAGCCUAGUGAUUAAGAGCGUUGGGCCAGUAACCAAAUGGUCACUGGUUCGAAUCCCCGAGCCAACUAGGUGAAAAAUCUGUUGAUGUACCCUUGAGCAAGGCACUUAACCCUAGUUUCUCUGGAUAAGAGCAUCUGCUAAAUGAGUAAAAUGUAAUACAAAUGUAUAUAUUUCAGGAUUGAAGGCACCAAAGGAGAGGCCAAAUUCCAGAUCCCCCAAACAGUAGGCACUGAUAGUGCUUGGUACACAGCCACAGCCAUUAACAAAGCUGGAAGAGAUACCACUCGCUGCAGGGUCAACAUUGAGGUGGAAACUGCUGAACCUGCUCCAGAGAGGAGGCUCAUUAUUCCCAAGGGAACAUACAAGGCCAAGGAAAUUGCAGCUCCAGAGUUGGAAUCCCUGCAUCUCCGUUAUGGUCAAGAGCAGUGGGAGGAGGCUGACCUAUAUGACAAGGACAAGCAGCAAAAACCACAGUUCAAGAAGAAGCUGACUUCCGUCAGGCUGAAGCAUUCUGGUGUUGUCCACUUUGAAUGCAGACUGACCCCUAUUGGCGAUCCCACUAUGGUGGUUGAGUGGUUGCUUGAUGGCAAACCCCUGGCAGCUGCUAACAGAUUGCGCAUGGUUAACGAAUUUGGCUACUGUAGUCUUGACUUUGAAGUUGCCUAUGCCAGAGACAGUGGUGUCAUCACCUGCAGAGCCACUAACACAUUUGGUGCCGAUCAGACCUCGGCUACACUGAUUGUAAAGGAGGAGAAGAGCAUGGUGGAGGAAACUCAGUUACCUGAGGGCAGGAGGGGAAUACACAGAAUUGAUGAGAUGGAGCGCAUGGCUCACGAGGGAGGUCCUUCUGGAGUCACUGCUGAUGAGUAUUCAGAGAAGUCAAAGCCUGAAAUUGUCCUUCUUCCUGAGAAUGCAAAUGUGCAGGAAGGUGAAAUUGCAAGGUUCCGUUGCAGAGUAACUGGUUAUCCUACACCUAAGGUCAACUGGUACCUCAAUGGGCAGCUCAUUCGCAAGAGCAAGAGAAUGAGACUUCGCUAUGAUGGCAUUUACUAUCUUGAGAUUAUCGAUAUCAAGUCAUAUGAUGCAGGAGAUGUCAAAGUGGUAGCAGAGAACCCUGAGGGCACAGCUGAGCAUAUGGUGAAGCUGGAGAUCACACAGAAAGAGGACUUCAGAUCCAUUCUUCGUCGUGCACCAGAGCCUAAGGCCCCAGAGCCUAGCACCAUGGCUGAACAUGGCAGAGUUUCCUUUGAUAUAGUAAAGGUUGAAAAAGCAACUGCCACCAAAGAGACCAAAGAGGUAGUGCAACUGAAGAAGACCGAAAGAGUCAUCCAUUCAAAAGCCACAGAGGAGACAGACGAGUUGAAGGGCAAAUUUAAGCGCAGGACAGAGGAAGGUUAUUAUGAAGCCAUCACUGCUGUGGAGCUCAAGUCUCGUAAGAAGGAUGAGUCCUAUGAGGAUAUGCUUAGGAAGAGGAAGGAAGAACUGCUUCACCAUCAGAAACUGUUGUCUGAGGCUGAGAAGAAGAAAGAGGAGGAACACAAGGUUCAUGCUUCCUCAAUUAAACCAGAGAGAGUAAAGCUCUCUCCCAGCAUGGAAGCUCCAAAGAUCAUUGAACGCAUUGCUAGUCAGACCGUGUCUCAGAUGGAAGAAGUUCACUUCAGAGUCCGAGUUACCGGUAGACCAGACCCUGAGUGCCAGUGGUUCAAGAAUGGAAUUCUGCUGGAGAAAACAGAUCGCAUUUACUCCUUCUGGCCUGAAGACCACGUGUGUGAAUUAGUAAUAAGAGAUGUCACAGCAGAAGACUCUGCUAGCAUCAUGGUCAAAGCCGUGAACAUUGCUGGAGAGACUUCAAGCCAUGCAUUCUUAUUGGUGCAAGGUAAAGUAAUAAUUUCAGUAAUUGUUCUACAUUAUUCAUAGCAAUAGUAGCCUAUUGACCGCCUGGGAAUACCUGUAAUUGAUAUAUCACGGCAUCCCUGAUACUCACAUUAUACCAUCUUCAUCCUUUUAGCAAAGACAGUCAUCACCUUCACACAAGAACUAGAAGAGAUCAACGUGAAAGAGAAAGACACCAUGGCGACCUUUGAGUGUGAGACCAAUGAGCCUUUUGUCAAAGUCAAAUGGCUGAAGAACAAUGCAGAGAUUUUCUCUGGAGACAAAUACAGGAUGCACUCAGACAGAAAGGUUCAUUUCCUUUCUGUACUGAUCAUCAACAUGAAGGACGAUGCAGAAUACAGUUGUGCUGUUGUUGAAGAUGACCACAUCAGGACCACUGCCAGACUCAACGUGGAAGGUUGGCAGUUUUUCUUACCACUGGUGUACAAGUAUGACUUUAAUGACCAGGUUCCCAGAUACAGAUUAAACCUAGUCUUAGACUAAAAAGCAGGUUCAAUGGAGAAGGACUAAACUUAAUCUGUGGGAAACAUGUCCUAAAUGUUAAAGAUUAAUACAUAAUACAUUCUUCAGUUCGGCCUUUUCCAACAGUAAAUGUACUCUUUGUUUUCUGGAAUACAUUUACUAACAGUGCUCUCAUUUUGCAGGUGCCCCACUGUCAAUUGUGAAGAGGCUGGAGAACAUUGAGGUGCCUGAGACCUACUCUGGGGAGUUUGAGUGUGAAGUGUCUCGAGAGGAUGCCGAAGGUGUAUGGCAUUUUGAGAACAAGGAGCUCACUCCCAGCAGCAAGCACGCCAUCUCCUCCCGCCGUGGACGCCACAGUUUAUCUGUGAAAGAUGUCAAGAAAGAAGACCAAGGAAAAUAUACAUUCACCACGGGUGAAUUCAAGACAAGUGCCUCCCUGAAGAUGAAACGUGAGUAUUGUAAUGAUGAGGAUUUCUAUCUAGUUUAAAGAAAAAAAGACUAUGCUUGCAGAUUGUUUUUUCAUGACCUAUUACCAGGUGUAGUUACAUGAAAACAAAUCUUAUUUCAAUCUCUUUUCUUUUAGUGCGCCCUGUGACCCUGUUGCAUCCCCUCUCUGAUAUGACAAUCUGUGAGGGUGACAUCAGCCAGUUUGAGGUGCGAUUCUCUCAAGAAAAUGUUGAGGGCACUUGGAUGAAGAAUGGUGUUGCCAUUGAAGCCUCAGAUCGCAUCCACAUGGUUAUUGACAAGCUCAUCCAUAAACUUCUCAUAGAGGAUACAGGCAGGCUUGAUGGUGGAAUGUACUCCUUUGUAGUUCCUGCUCAGGACAUUUCCACCACUGCAAAGCUGACUGUUCAAAGUAAGCGAUUUGAUUUCAUACUGUACAUUCUAAUUUUGAGUAUUUCCUUAUCUACUAGGCCUUAUCGUGUUGUCUUUUUCUGUGUGUAUUACAGCGAUUAGCAUCUUGACCCCACUCAAAGAUAUUACAUCAGUUGAGGGCACCAAGGCUGUUAUGGAGGCUAAAAUCUCUGCUGCAGAUAUUAGCUCAAUUAAGUGGUUCCACAAUGACAAGCUUGUGAUGCCCAGUGAGAGAAUCCAGAUUGUUCCAAAGGGAUCCAAACAGCGUCUGGUGUUCAAUAGGACCUUCGCCUCUGAUGAAGGAACCUACAAGCUAUGUGUUGGCAAAGCUGACUCUAGCUGUAAACUGAUGGUCCAAAGUAAGCGUUUGCACAACUGAUUACAUGCAACAUAACUUCAUACAAUACCUUUUGUCAGUUACAGACAUUAUCCAACUAAAACAUACUUAACUUUUUUUGCAGAAAUUUCAAUUGUGAAGCAAAUGGUGGAUCAAGUUUGCACAGAGACACAGCACGUCACAUUUAAUGUGGAGGUGUCCCACCCUGGCAUUGAUGGUAUCUGGACCUUCAAGAAACAACAACUGAAAAAUGAUUCCAAGUACAAGAUAGUGACCAAGGGCAAGAACCACAGUAUGACUGUCAUUAAUGCCAUGAAGGAUGAAGAGGGGCAAUACACAUUCGCUGCUGGUGAACAGACAUCCAGCGCAAAGCUUACUGUGUCAGGUAAGAUAACUCUAGUCAAAAAAGUGCAUUACACUGUAAACAUAUACAAGUUAUGGUGUAAAAGUUCAGUUGGAUAUUACAACAACCAUUCAUCUACCAAAUGUCAAAACUGCAGUCAAAGAAACACAUUACUUUUUAGGGCAGUUACCCAAUUGGAGGAAAUAAAUCCAAAUGUAUUUGUGUUCCCAGGUGGCGCUAUAUCCAGACCCCUGCAUGACAUAAUUGUGGCUGACUCUCAGACGGCUGAGUUUGAGUGUGAGGUGGCCAACCCAACUGCUGAGGGCAAUUGGCUGAAGGACGGACAACCUUGUGACUUUGGUGAAAAUGUCAGGAGUGAGAAAAAAGGAGCUGUCAGACGUCUUGUUAUUGUCAUAACCAGACCCAAUGACAUCGGUGAAUACACUUACCAGAUUGCAAACUCCAAGACAACAGCCAACCUGAGAGUUGAGGGUAGGUGUUACCUCUUGAGUGGAAAUGUUAACUUAUUUUCAACUGACAUUAAUAUAUGACUAUUAUAUGAUUACUAUAUGCCUGCUGUUAUGUAAUGUUUGUUUGAUUUCAUAGCUGUGAAAGUCAAGAAGACCCUGAAGAACCAAACUGUCACUGAGACACAAGAAGCAGCAUUCAUUCUGGAGCUCAGCCAUGAGCAUGUGAAGGGCUCACAAUGGAUUAAGAAUGGCGUAGAGAUCCAACCUAGUGAGAAAUAUGAUAUCACCGUUGAUGGUAUGAUCCACACCUUGAAGAUCAAGAACUGCAACAUACACGAUGAAUCAGUUUAUGGAUUCAAACUUGGAAAACUAUCUGCUAAUGCCAGAUUGAACGUUGAGGGUAAGUUAAUAUUUUUAUGGUCACAAAUUGCAAAUGUAUGUCUACUUAAGAUUUUGAAAGUUUUGACACUCAAUCUUUUUUUCAGCAAUUACUAUAACGAAGAAGCCUAAAGAUGUGACAUCGCUAUUGGAUGCCACUGCCUCUUUUGAGCUGAGUCUGUCUCAUGAUGACAUCCCUAUCAAAUGGAUGUUCAACAACGUUGAGCUUAAACCAAGUGAAAACAUCAAAAUGCUGUCUGAGAGAAAAGCUCACAAGCUGAUCAUCCAGAAUGUGGAUGACCACAAGGCAGGAGAGUACACUGCUAUGGUUGGACAUGUGCAGUGCAGUGCUCAUUUAUUUGUUGAAUGUAAGUGUUGACACGUGAACAAAUAGAUGACUCAACCCACACAUUAAAUGUAUUUUCAAUCUAUUAAUUAUUGUUCGUUCUCUACAGCUCUGCGUGUCACAAAACCUAUCAAGAACAUUGAAGUCCCAGAGACCCAGGUGGCCACCUUUGAAUGUGAAGUUUCACAUUUCAAUGUCCCAUCCACCUGGCUGAAAAAUGGAGUGGAGAUCGAAAUGAGUGAAAAGUUCAGGAUUGUGGUGCAGGGCAAACUUCACCAGCUCAAGAUUAUGAACACUAGCAGUGGAGACUCUGCAGAAUACACCUUUGUCUGUGGAAAUGACAAAGUCUCUGCAACUCUGAAAGUUAGCCGUAAGUUUUCAACUAACCUGUACUUUAAAUUAUUUUUGAUCACAUAGGUCUUUUACUCUAAUUACAUUGUUUUUUUCAGCCAUUCUGAUCACCUCCAUGCUGGAAGACCUCAAUGCACAGGAGAAAGACACCAUCACAUUUGAAGUGAAUGUCAACUAUGAGGGCAUCACCUACAAGUGGCUCAAGAAUGGUGUUGAGAUACGCUCCACUGACAGAUGCCAGAGCCGCACCAAACAGCUAACUCACUCUCUCACCAUCCGAAAUGUUCAUUUUGGUGACGGUGCAGAGUAUAAGUUUGUUGCUGGCUCUGCUACAACUACAGCCAGCCUAUAUGUCGAUGGUAUGUUUCUUUUUUUAAUCCAGAACCUUUCUUAAUAUUAAUCUUGGAAGUAAUUUUUCUGUUGUUUAUUAAUGUAUUUGCUCUCUCACAGCACGCGUUAUUGAAUUCACCAAGCACAUCAAAGAUAUCAAGAUCACAGAGAAGAAGAGGGCAACUUUUGAAUGUGAGAUCUCUGAGCCUAAUGCUCAGGUGAUGUGGAUGAAAGAUGGACAGGAGCUGGAAAUGUCUGAAAGGUACGUCUCAUUCAUUUAUUUUUAUAUUAUACCUGUGAGAUUCCUGUGAAAUGCUACAUUUGAACAAUUCCUCUGUAUCUUAACUGUUACUUCUAAAAUGCCUUGACAGAUACAAAGUCUCCACUGAGAAAUUCCUGCACCGUCUAAUGAUCCAGUCAGUCCGCCUGUCUGAUGCCGCAGAGUAUUCUGUGGUCGCUGGUGCAAGCAUGUCAAAGGCUCAUCUCACCGUGGAGGGGCGUGACGUCCGCAUCACAGAACCAGAGGAGAAAGAAUUCACGGUGAAUACGGAUAACUUCAUUGAAGAAGGCUAGUUUAAAACUGAAUAGUUCAUAAAUUAUCAGUGUUAAUAUGAACAUUUGUAUGAUUUAUUUUCAGGUUGUUGAGAAACAAAAAACGUCAUUUGAGUUUGAAGUCAGUGAGGACGACGUUGAAGGUCGCUGGCUGAGGAACGGUGCUGAGAUCCAGUUCCACCUUGACGAUAGGCUCCACUAUAUUGCCAUUAGAAAGGUCCACCGCAUGACCAUCUCUGAAACCUAUAGAAAUGAUGCAGGGGAGUACACCUUCAUCGCUGGCAAGAACAGGGUUAUGGUGACUCUACAUGUCAAUAGUAAGUGUUUGCUCUCUUUUUACUCUCGAUAAAUGAAAGUCACUCUGAAAUAAUUAUGCAAUUUUCUAAUAUGUUUUUACAACCAUUCAUAUUUCACGAUGUGUUUAAACAACUAAAUCACAGGGAAAACAGAUGGAUUAUCCUAAUUCCGCUUGAUGUGUAUACUGUUUUUUUUUUACUACCCAAUUUUCCCUAAGCUUGGUGUUCCUUCCUUCCUUCUCAUCAAAUGUCUGUUUGUUCCCAUAAUUUAGUCCCUGAGCCACCUCAGAUCGUUCGCGGCAUGCAGGCCCUGUCUGUGGAGGCUGGCAAACCUGCCAGAUUUGCUGUGGAAGUGACUGGCGUCCCCCAGCCCCAGGUGUUAUGGUACAAAAACUCCCAGGCUCUCUCCCCUGGCUUCAAGUGCAAGUUCCUGCGUGAAGGAAACGAGCACACUCUGCUUCUCAUCGAAGUGUUCCCAGAGGACGCAGCCUUGUACAACUGCGAGGCCAAGAAUGACGUUGGGCUUGCCACCAGCUCAGCACCACUCCAUGUGGAAGGUAAAGUGAAAAAACAAUCACAUAUAAAGAACUGAAAUAACCUCUUAAUUAAAAAAGUCAAUAAAAAGUCUGAUGUUUUUAUUUCAGUUUCAGAAGUCGUUUCUCCUGACACUGGAUCUCCACUGUCCAAGCCUGUGAUCAUAACACCAAUGAACAACACCUCAGUCAAUGAGGGAGAGGCUGCUAGGUUCCAGUGCAGAAUCUCUGGUGAAGGUAUCUAUCUCGACUUCCGCUAGGCCUAUCUCUUACUGUGUUCUCUAAACUGUUAAAUUAAAAUAAUAAUAGUAUUGUAUUAUUCAUAAAAAGUAGCAUUAAUAAUCUUGUAUUAUUAAUACUAUUGACAUGAACCAAACUUUUAUUUUGCUAGAUCUAAAGAUUUCUUGGUACGUCCACAAGAAAGAGAUCGGACAGUCUAAUGCCUUCAGGAUGUCUCAGUUCGAUGACACCUGCCUGCUGGAGAUUUCCAGAGUGUACCCCGAGGAUGAAGGGGAAUACACCUGUGUUGCCAGAAACUCAGCAGGAAUGGUCACUUGCGCCGGAUAUCUGGCACUUGAAGGUGAGUAAAAUUCUUAUUGAGCAUAGUUAAUUAUGUAUGUCCAAUUUAUGUGCGCUUUUGUAUUAUUAAAGGUUGAGAAUAGAUACUAUUUGUCCUGUAACUUAUUUUUACGCUAUGCAUGUACUUGUAUGAUCCAAUUGAGAUUUCUUCUUAUCUUCAUAUUGCCUUGGGGGAUAAUUUGUUUUCAAAGAUUUAAACUUUCCUUUACUCAUAGUAUAGGUUCAUUUUGAUAGCAGUUGAUUGUUGACCAAAUUACACUCUUCUAAUUCUCCCAGAUCAAAAUAUGAAAUCUGUAGCUAGGCAAAGUGUGUCAAGCACUGGGGGAACAAUGAUAAGUCACAAAAAGGAAAUGUAUUCAGAAGGGUACCAGUCAGUGGAUGUCAGUGGAUCACACAAUGUACAGACCUAUGAGACUGUGUCUGAGAUGUCCACAAUGAGGACAUCAUCUUCAUCAGUAAAGAUGGUUGAGGUGACCACUGUUGAGAAUUCUGAAAUGAGCAUCCCUAGAAGCCCUAAGUUGCUUUUGAAAAUGAAUGAUGUCAAAGUCAAAAGUGGUGACAUGGCUCAGUUCAACUGCUCGUUCGACGGGCAACCCUUUACUGAAAUAGUGUGGGACCAUAAUGGAAGGAUUCUCACAGACACGGAGAGGGUGAAACGUACCCAAAAUGGAGGUGUGCUGUUGCUCGUCAUACUCAAUGUUCAGCUUGGCGACCAAGGGACAUACCUCUGUACCACAAAAAAUAAACAUGGCGAGAACAGAACCUCGGCACAACUCACAAUUGAAGGUGGAUACAGUUUCAAUUUAAUAUUUCCACUCUCUGGUCCAUUUCACCUCCAUUCCGCUGGAUGCUUUUGUAAAACCUUUAAAACUUUUAAUAUUUCCUUUAGAUUGUAACAGUUUGUAAUAUAAUGUAAUAACAUAUUUAUUUUGUAAGUAUAGUUUUUUUCUCCCAUUCAAAGCAUGCCCCUAACAUCAUCUCCCCAUCUUACUAACUCCCAGUGUUUAGAUCUAAGAUACCCUCUUACUGAUGUCCUCUGACUGAUGUUCUUAAUACCUAAUAAAUCUCCCUUAACUUUAUUCUCACCCAGCCAAAGAAGUGAAUUCCAAAGCCGAAACACCCAUCCCUUCCGAUUCUGUCAAUAAAGACUCUAAGACAGACAAGGAGUCCCCUAAAAAGCCCUCUGACCAAGACAAGCAGGAGUCCUUACAGAGUCUUGGACCUCUACCGCCAUUCUCACAGAGAACUCAAAGGCAGAUAAGCCAUGAGUAUUACCCUGAUGUUAUACCCUAUGGAGAAUACGAAUGUGAUUACAUUGGUGCCACCUACCCAGAGUUCCUUGUGACACUGCCCCCAGAAAUCCUUGCCAAACCUAGAGACACCGUGUCUCUCUUUUGCGUUAUAAAGGGAAUCCCUACUCCGUUUGUUAUUUGGCUACACAAUCGGUUGAUUGUCGAAGAGUCAAUUUCUUACUCUCUGAAACACAAGGGGCCCUUGUGCUGCUUAAAUGUUAAGAACGUUGGUCCUAAGCAAGAGGGUGUUUACACUUGCAAAAUUGUCAAUUCAGCCGGAGAUGCUGAAUGCAGCACAGUGAUGAAAGGUUGGCAACUGCAUGCUUUGGUCCUUACCACCAAUAUGCACUCUUGGCCGUUAUUGGCCAUUCUUCCACAUUUCACACUGUUCCCAACUAUUGUCCGUUCUUGUCAACUCCCCAUUUCACACUGCUCCCAACUAUUGGCCGUUCUUGUCAACUACACAUUUCAGACUGCUCCCAACUAUUGGCCGUUUUUGUCAACUCCACAUUUCACACAGCUCUCACACUGCCCUAUACCACAAUAAAAAUACAUUAUAGAACGAUAGCUCAUGGCAAAAUGUGCUAAGAAACAGGUUGUCAAGUACACUGACUUAAAUGUGAAAAGAGAGAGAGAUGUGCUCAAUUUACUACACGCUUUCCAAGAGACGGAAUUCACUGUAUGACCACAUCAAAACCAAAGCAUGUCAGAUUGUUUUUGUCAUUGCAAAAUAGAUGUUGACAAUAUGGAUGCAACCUAUGUUACCUGGUUAUAGCAGUCAGUACUAUGUAUAUAUUUGAGAAAUAUCACUAAUUUAUAAAUGUUUGUCUAUUUACAGUGGUUGAAAAGGAGGUGGAGAUAAAGGAAAAGGAAGUCAGAGGUAAAUAUAUUUUCUUUAUCAUUAACAUGUGAUUGAAUGUCGGUUUGCUGGACUGAGAUUAAGCCUAUUCCUGGACUAAAAAGCACUUUCAGAGUUGGAAGUGCUUUGUAGACCAUGAGUACGCUUGAUCUGGAUCUGGGAAACAGGCCCUUUAUCUUUUGUUUUGCACAGGACCAUAUCUUGCUGAAUUUUUUUGAAAUGUCUGGAGCAAUAUGAUAAUGUAUAAUGUCCCUUUUGUAAAUCUUGUAUAUGUUGGGCAUGUGACUAUCUUGAACAGUCAUAAUAUUUGCCUUGAAUUGUAAUGCAAUAGGUAAGACCCACAUGGGUAUUACGUUAAAUUAAAAUAAUGCAUGUUUUUUGUCUUGCUGAUUUCAAUUCAAGAGGUGUUAUCUUUUAAAUGCAUUCCUUUAUUCUUUAUUCCUUUAUUGUUUUUUCUAUCUUAAUAUUUAUACAUUAUUGUAAGUGAUAACAUAAUUUAAUUAUUUUACUCAGCUUUCUCUAGCUUCAUUGUCUCAGCUGAAGAGGAAAAACAGGAGUCUUACUUCACCGGUCUACAAUUAGGCAAAAGCAAAACACUUGAACUCAAGCCAGAGUCCAAACUUUAUUCUAGCACAAUGGAGAAGAAAAAAGAAAAGCCUGUUUUUGUGACCCAACUCUCACCAGCAGCUGUCACUAUUGGGGACACAGCUAGAUUUACUGUCACAGUAUCUUGUCUUCCAAAGCCUAAUGUCCAGUGGUUCCACAAUGGUCGGGUUAUAACAAGUUCAUCAGUUUACACAUUUGUUCAAGAGCGAGAUGAAUAUACCCUUGUCAUUAACAAAGUAGAGAAGGAAUUUGAAGGAGAAUACUCCUGUACUGCAAGCAACAGGUUUGGUCAAUCAACCUGUACUACUUUCCUGAACAUUCAAGUAAGUGACACAAAGAAACCAGAGAGGCAGGUUGAGAAAAUUUUCAAACCCUCUGGCCAACCACCUGAAUUUAUUAAAACUAUUGAGCCUGUACAAUGCUCUGAAGGGGGUCAAGCUCUCUUUAAGUAUAUUGUCACUGGGAAUCCCCUUCCAGAGGUUCAGUGGCUUAAAGGCAGUUAUCAAAUUCAGCCCAGUAAGUAUUGUAUUGUGGUGAACAACCCAGAUGGCUCUGGCUUCAUCAACAUGAAGGGCAUCCAAAAGGAGGACAGUGGCCACUACACUUGUAGAGCUUCCAACCCAUCUGGGGAGGCCUCUUGUAGUGCUGAGCUAAUCGUGUUCAGAGAGUCUGUCUCUGUAUCUCAGCAACAGGAACAACAUGUGGUUGUUCAGAAACAAAAAGGUUAUAAAGUAUCCAUGACUGAACAGGCUACAGAGUCACGCUUGUACAUGGUCAACCUUCCUGGAGAAGCCAGGGCCAGAGAUCAGAUGGUGUACACCAUAGGUACCGAGGACAGACAGUUUGUUUCCAGCGAGCAAGUGGACACACUUAGAGAGUUGGAUAUCUCUGCUGCUACCCUUCAUAGAGAGCGAGUCACCCACCAGGCUGCAGUGCUGCAGUCACAUGAGGUAGAAGAGAGAGUGUCUGUGACUCCCAACAGACCACCUCCAGCCUCAGCUGCGCCUAUUAAACAACUGCAUAUGGCCGCUUUUACAACUGCUGUCCAAGAGAGCCAAAAGCUCAUAGAGCAACAUUCUGACCGUAUCCAAAGCCCGGAAAUCUUAGAGCUUGAGCCUGCAAGGGAACAUCAUUCAAACGUAAUGUCUGCCACGUCAGAAGAGGUUAUUCCUCUAAGCACAGUGAGAGCUGAGGUUUUAGGAGACAGAAAACCAGAACAGAUCAAGUCAUCUACGGAACCAAAACAGGUCAUCAGUAGUCAUCUAGUUGAAACCAGGUUACCAAUUCUGAAAGAGAAAUUAGGCACUACCACUAGGCCUGAGGAGGAGAGAAGCUUCAGAGUUACAGAGGGUGUUAAGAUUUUAUAUACCGCUACAUCGACUGGGCAACUGCCACUAUCAGAGCGCCAUUGUGAUACGCUAUCAACAUCGGAUAAACCCACUCAGUCCCUGCUAGAGAAGGAACGUCCUAAGCCAGUGGUUGCACCGGUCAGUGAGACUAAACUUACUUUAUCCAAAGAGCAGAGAUUUGAAAUACACAAACCUGAAAAAGAGAGCGCAUUGGUAAGUAAAGAUAGGUUAUUUACAUCAGCCAUGAGCGCUGAAGAAAAACACCUGCUCCAAGCUGAACACUCAAAAGCGAUUCCAGGUUUGGAAAACGCUAUGUCUUUGCAAUUUCAAAAAGAAGAGGAACAGCUCUUACAUCUACAGAUGAUUAGUAAGCAAGAUAUAUUGCAGUCUGAAGGUAGAUUUACUUGCGAGAAGCCAUUGCCAGAGAGUGCAGAUGCAAGAAAAAGCCCUACUUUGUUGCACACGGUCACCUACGAUGAAUGGAAAUCUGUCACUUGUGAAAAGAUAUCUGAGUUUUCAGCUCAGCUGGACACAAUUUCAAUUGAACCAAGAAAAGAGGCCAAAGCUCCUUUACAUCUUCUGUCUAUUCAGUCAGAAAGCGUGUUACCUAAAGAAGGUAUACUUAGCCCUGAGAAGCCAGAUCAGCAGACUGCACUACAGAAACAGGAAAGAGCCCGCAAACAUGCAGCAACCUCAGAGGAAAAAAGGGAGCUUAGCACAGAUUAUUCCAAAGACCUUGAUGUGUCCGUGACAGGAGUUCAGUCAGAGCUUAGAACAGAACCCAGACCUCAGAACAUCCUUCAGGUCACAUCAAUGCCCAUGCAGAUAUCCAAAGAAACACCAUUUACUAGUGAUGUCAAACAGCAGCGUGCUUUCAUUCAAAAGGAGGAUCGCUGGAACAUUAUGCAAUCAGUAACUGUGGUUGACACUCACAGUUUAGAAGAGGGGCAUACCAUAAGUUUGAAAGCAAAUGAUGCAUUCAAACCUGUAGUGAAAAUUGAACCCAAGAUCCCGACAAAGCCUGUCUAUAUUGAAGAGAAGGCAAUAGCGACUGAAGGUUGUGCCAUUUUAGAUGCAGCUGAACAGGAUUUUGCUGUUCAGAUCCACGAAGGUCAGUCAGUGAGACAAUCAAUAUUAUUGGAGGAGAAACACAUAAUUGUUGGUGAGCAAUCAAGUGAAAUUGGAAAAUCUGCGGGAUUGGUUGUUAGUGUAAAGACUCAGCCUAAAGGGGUAUUAUUUGUGCACGAGUCUCAGGAGAGCCAUGUUCUUCCAAAGGAACUUACCUUUGUGAUCCCAAUGCCAAAACCAACAAGUCUGGGCAUCAGACAUCAGUUGAAAACUGCGCUUCAGUCAGCUGUGGCUCGUGACCAGCCACUUAUACUAGCAGACGUUGUUGAGAGAUUGGAGGCUGUCGAGGUACAGGAAGUGAAGGUAGGUAGGGAAACUAAGGGUGCAAUGUUUACCUACCUUAUCACAACACCAGGUGCCCCCAUGGAAAUAACAAUUGCUUUUGAAGGAGAAUACCCUCAGACUGCUGAUCUGAGGACAGAACUCCAAGCAGCUUUCCAUGCUAUAGUUUAUAGAGAGCAACAUACCCUCAUGUUAGACCAACCUGGCACAAUGCAAAUAGUCAAGCCUCAGAAAACAAACAUUAGCAGUGCAAAAUCCAAAGAAAUGCUGUCAUCGGUGGUGGAAACUGUCAGAGUAACAGAGAGUGCAGUGGGUUUCGCAUCCUCUGUAGCCCAGUCUGCUGCCCAGAAGACUGAAGAGAAGGCUUCGUUCCAAAGCAUAACAGGUCAGGAUCGCACUGUGGUGCAUGAAUCCAGGCAGACUACUAGGCAGGAGACCAGUUCUGUGACAGUAAAAAGCCAUGAUGAGAGAGAUGUAGGUGCUGCAGAUUUAACCACAGCAGGACCCUUCACCCCUGUCCCUGUCGAGGAGUUUCUGUCAGAGGCAGUUAUGAUUAGUAAACUUCCUGAGCAAUUCACUAAAGCUUAUCCCAUUAUUGUAACUCCCCUGGAGGAUAUUUGUUCAGAGAAGAAUAGUAUGGUUACUUUUAGUGUGACCAUAAUGUAUGUCACAAAAGUUAACUGGCUUUUCAAUGGAAAGUUGGUAAAAUCUGGCAAAGACUUUAAGUGUUCGAAAGACCAUGACACAUACACACUAGUAAUCGACAAGAUCGUCAAGGAGAAGCACGAAGGAGAAUAUGUCUGUGAGGCUGAGAAUGAAGCUGGCAAGGCUACAACAACAUCAAGACUCACUGUUGUCUCGAGAGGUUGGAAAAUAGGGAUAUUUUCAUAUUUUCAUAAAAAUAGUAACUAACGCAACAUACACUUCCAUUGGUGAUUCCUAGCAUGUAUUCACUUUACUUUAAAAUCACCAUGAAUUUACAGUACGAUUUCCGUUGAUACCACCCUCAUAUCCUCCUGCUUUCUUGUUCCAAUGUAUCUUCUUUUUACCCAUAUCACUCUCUUAAAAACCCACCUCUGGUCCAUUCCCCGUCAUCCUCUUUGACUCCACAUCACUCUCGUCUUCCCCAUUGAGUCCUGAAACCCUCUUUCUGCAUGCUUUCUUGGACAUUUCAUCUUGGUCUCAUUUUCUUCAUUAAAGUGUUUUGAUCCAAAUCUAACAUCAUUUCCCUCCACAGUCACUCCUGGUCAGUCCUGUUUGCAACCUUCCAUCCUAGGUUCACCAUUUCACCAGUUUUAACUACAUCAACUAGAAUUAUAGCCAGUGUGUUAAUUGUACUAUUUUCUUCCCUUUCCCUGCACAUUAUAGUGCCACCGGUUUUCAGGCACAAAAUCCAGCCUGUGGAGAUCAAUAUUGGCAGCCAGGCCAAGUUCGAAUGUGAGAUUGAAGAUGCACCAAAUGUGCAGUUCAAGUGGUUCAAGUCUGGCACUCCUAUCAAAGAGAGUCCAAGUUGCAGGAUCAUCAGUCGGCAACUGGUAUCUUCAUUGGAGCUUCUGAGCCCAACCAAAGCUGACAGUGGUGAAUAUACCUGCAAGGCUACAAACCAGAACGGCAGUGACACCUGUGCCGCCAAACUCAACGUAACUGGUGAGUGAACUGAACGUUUUGUUUAAUAUAUUUGAACAGGUUGCCGUACCAAAGGUCAUGGUUUUAGGAAUAUGAUGUGCUUCUUCCCUCCAUAAAUCUAGUUAUGGUCAUCAAUACUCGCUCAAAAAGUUAAAAUAAAUGAUCUCCCUUGUGAUUUGUCAGGUUAUAGGAUUUUGUCAGGUUUAGAAAUAAAUCUUAAUAUGCUGUUAAUUAUGAUGUUUUAUCAUGUAUUUUUUUAUGUUUCUUAUUUUCACAUUUCAUAGAACUUUUCCCACCUGCCUUUAUUACUAAGCCUGAUCCAUUGACAUUGUAUGUUGGGAAAAAGGCAAACAUUCAGUGUGUAGUCACUGGAUCUUCACCGAUGACUAUUGUCUGGCAUAAAGACAACAAUGCCAUUUCUUCGGGGGGAAACUACAAAAUCUCUUCAGAAAAGAAUAAAUAUAUUCUUGAAAUAUCAAAACUUGAACUUACUGAUCAGGGUGUUUACCUGUGUAAAGCAUUCAACAGUGUUGGAACUGCUGUGUGCAGCACAGAGAUGAAGGUUAUCAACAAACCCUCUUUUGUGACAACACUUGAAUCAGUGUCAGUCGCUGUUGGAAAUCCACUGCACCUUGAGUGUCAGUUGGAUGAGGAUACCGGAGUGUCCAUCACCUGGAUAAAAGAUGGCAAAAAGCUCCAUCAAACAAUGGAUUGUAAACAGUCUUUUGAAGAUAAGAUGGUCACUCUUGAUAUUCCAAAAGGAAACCUUAAAGACACUGGAAACUAUGUCUGUACAGCUGCCAAUGAUGCUGGAAGCACAAGUUGCUCCACUUCAGUAAAGGUUCAAGGUAAGGCUAAGCAGUUAAUUUUCAAGCUUUCUGCAGUAUUUGUGGCACAAGAAAUAUGCACAUCUGGAAAUUAACAUCUUUGGAUUGUGAUCAGAUAGAUUUGUAGAUUUAGCUAUACCUUCACCCAGCUGUAUCUUUUGGCUGCAUCUUCAACUGCCUUUUGACAAAAUCUUAUACUUUUAACUUGUAUUUCCUCCUCUUUUUCUGAGUUUUGUUAAUUAGCAAUGACUUAAAACAUUGUUUUGAAUUGUUCAAUUGUUCAAUGCAUACAUCCUGCAGAACCCCCAGUCUUUGUAAAGAGACUGGAACCCAACUUGGUCUGGAAGCAAGGCAUAACUGCACGUUUGCAGUGCAAAAUCAAAGGGUCACCUGAACUCCAUGUCACCUGGUUUCUGAGUGAAAAAGAGCUCUCGGCUGGCGAGAAAUACAAAAUCACUUUCAAGGACGGUUUUGCUACUUUGGAGAUCAGUGACAUUGCUUUGUUAGACAGUGGAAAUUACACAUGUGAAGUGCUGAAUGAAGCUGGCUGUGAGAGCUGUAGCACCAAGUUAACUAUAAAAGGUUUGUUGUGUCAGUUACAUAGAAUAGUUACGAUCUUUUAUAUUGUCUUCUGAAUAUUAUAUUAUUGUGAAAUUGUAUCAAAUAUCUCUUCUCAGAACCACCAUCCUUCAAAAAGGAAUUGCAAAUGGUUGAAGCUGUGAGGGGCACUGUUGCCCUCUUCCAAUGUGAAGUUGCAGGCACUGCCCCAUUUGAAUUCAAUUGGUUUAGGAGUAAGAAACCACUCACUUCCGAUAGGAAAUACAAGAUUGUUUCUCAGGACUCCAUUGCUUCUUUGGAGAUCUGCUCAUUUGAAAGUGCAGAUGUUGGGGAAUAUCAAUGUGUUGUAUCAAAUGAUGUUGGUUCAAUCACUGCAAAGACAAUUGCCAAACAGAAAGGUUAGUUAAAAUAAAACACAUUAAUGGAGGAUAUUCUUAUUCUUCUUAUUCCUCUUACUUAUGUAUUUCUCUAAAUUAUAAUUACUAUUAUUGCUAUAAUUGUAAUUUUUUAGAACCACCAUCAUUCGCAAAGAAGAUUGAGAACACUACAGCAGUUUUGGGCAAUGCUGUUAAACUGAAGGGUACUAUAAAAGGAUCUGCCCCUAUUACCGUCAAGUGGAUGAAGGAUUCUGAAUGGCUUAGGGAUGAUGACCCUAAUAUCACCAUGGCAUUUCAGAAUAAUAUCGCCAUUUUGACAAUAGCAGCUGUUGACAUUUGCCAUGGUGGAAAGUACACUUGCCAAGCAGAGAAUGAGGCUGGUCAACAAAAAUGUGAAGCCUCUUUAGGAGUUCAAGGUUAGAUUUAGAAUAUUUCACACAAGUAUAUUAUUUUGGGCCAAUGUUGAUGUUUCAAUUCUAAAUAUCUUUGUAUAAUUACAUUUUAGAACCCGCUAGAAUCUUAGAGAAAGCUGCAUCCAUCAACGUGACUUCAGGGGAAUCAGCAACCUUGGAAUGCACAAUUGCAGGAAGCCCGGAUCUUAAAGUGAAAUGGCUCCAAGAUGGAAAGGAGAUUACAGGAGGUCGAAAAUAUAAAAUCACCCUUAAAGACAACGUAGCCAUCUUAAAGAUUGUUGCGGCAGAGAAAGGAGGCACAUGUGAAUACACAAUGGAAGUGUCCAACAGUGUCGGAAAAGAUCAGUGUUCUUGUUCAGUCACAGUGCUAGGUUUGUUUUGUAGUUUAUGCUUUUUUUCAUAAUUACGACUUGAGAAACCACAAGAAUGUUAUAAUUUAAAAAGUUAUAUUCCCCUCAACAGAUCGUGUUCUUCCACCAUCUUUCACAAAAAAUCUUAAGAAAGUUGAUGGAAAUAUUGGUAACGACAUUACUAUGGAGAGCAAAGUAUCUGGAUCUCAGCCCAUGUCCAUCUCUUGGUACAAAUACGAUAAAGAAAUAACAGCUGGACAGAAAUAUCAACUUGAAAUGAAAGAAACCACGGCUACAUUGGGAAUAACCCAAAUAGAAAAGUGUGAUGAGGGAGUAUACACAUGUCGGGCAACAAAUUCUGCUGGAUUUAAAGAGAGCAGUGGAACCUUAUGUGUUAAAGGUUAGAAUAACUAUACUUACUAUAGUAACAUAGCGUAAUAGUAGUAUAAUAGUGUUACAUUAUUUUGGCCGUAAUGAAGCUGAACGAAUACAUUAAUAUUUUGUCUCUUCCAAACUGAAUUUAGAACCUCCAAUCUUCACAUUAAAACCUGACAACCAAGAUGUCGUACCAGGAUCUACUUAUGUCUUGAAGUCUGCUUUCACUGGAACAGCUCCUCUUACUGUUAAGUGGUUCAGAGAGGACAAGGAGAUAACCACUAGAGGCACAACUUUUAUCAAGAAAGACGCUUCAUCAAGUUUCUUGGAACUUCACUCAGUGAAACCCAGUGACUCGGCUAACUAUACUUGCCAAGUGGCCAAUGAUGCCGGGAAGGUGGCAUGCUCUGCAGUCUUGUUUGUGAAAGGUGCCUUUUCUUUGAUCAAUUAUGUAUAUUUUUUGUACUGCUUUUCUUGAUGUUACUGUCUUUUGAAGUAAUUGUUAUCAUCAAUUAUUUCCAGAACCACCUACAUUUUCAAUGAGGCUUGAGCCAUCAAAACUGGUGAAAAAUGGACAACCACUUAUGUUGACGUGCAAAGUCACUGGCAGUCCUGUGAUCAAUGUUAGGUGGCAUAAGAAUGAGACUGAAAUCGCUUCAAAUGAUAAAUGCAGACUGUCCUUCACUGACUCAGUUGCCUCACUGGAGAUUGUCAACUGCUCUGUUGAUGAUAGUGGAGAUUAUGUUUGUGUAGCAUCAAGUGAUGCUGGUAGUGACCGCUGCAGCAGCACAGUUACAGUUAAAGGUGUGUUCAGUAUUCACUUUUACAGUUGAUCUGUACUAUGUUAUUGUCUGUGUAGAAUAAUAACAUUAUUUUAUCUUUGUUGUAGAACCUCCCAUGUUUGUGACAGCUUUUGAGUCCAAAGAAGUUGCGAAAGGGUCUGAUGUUGUGUUCGAAGGAGUUAUUUCAGGCUCAGCUCCGUUUGAAAUAUCUUGUUAUCAAGAUGCCAAGCAGAUCAGAAAUGACAAAAGGCAUAAGAUAAAUAUACAAGAUGACGUAGUCACUCUUCAGAUUCUUAAAUGUGAAUCUGGGGAUGCUGGAAAAUACCAAUGUAACGUAGCAAAUGAAGUUGGGAAGACAACAUGUGAUUGCCAAAUUACAUUAAAAGGUUGGUUAAAAGUCAACAUUUAUAGGAAUAUACUGUAGCUAUCUGUAUUUGAUAGACUGUGGCCUGUUGUUAUUAUUGAAAUAUAUAUUGACAUAUAUGGUCUUCCUUCAAUAGAACCACCCUCGUUUGUACAGAAAAUAGAGAACAUCAGUUCUUUAGUUGGCUCAGAGAUUUCUAUGCAGUGCACUUUAAAGGGAUCACUGCCCAUGACUGUAUUGUGGAUAAAGGAGGAUCAUGAAGUUAAAGAAGACGGACAUAUAAAGAUAUCUUAUGAGACCAGAACAGCAGUGUUAACUUUAAGAAACACUCAGAUGAAACAUGGUGGAAAAUAUAUUUGUCAGGCACAGAAUGAGGCUGGAAGUCAGAAAUGUCUUGCCACGCUUACAGUAAAAGGUUGGUUGGAUGUUUAGGUCUUUUACUAUUGCAAUUUAUAUUUUAUUUUUAUCACAGUGUUGUACUAUUGAAUAGUGGAUUGUUCAUUUAAUAUUUUGUUUAUCACAGAACCUGCAAAUAUUACUGAGCAAGCCAAGUCUAUCAGUGUAACAACAGGAGAUCCAGCUACUCUUGAAUGCAGGUUCUCAGGAUCUAAAGUCCUCAAAGCUACAUGGCUGAAGGGUGGAAGAGAGCUGACAUCAGGUCAAAGAUACAAAGUACAGAGCAGAGAUAAGAGCUCUGUACUGAAGAUACUCUCUACAGAGAAAAGUGAUAGUGGUGAAUACACCUUUGAGGUUUCAAAUGAUGUUGGAAGCAGCACCUGUGAGGCUUCAAUCACUGUUCUAGGUUUGUUGAUCAGUGGAUCAUUUUUAUUUGAAUCAAUCUUAAAUUGAUGUAUACCCCGCCGUCUUACAGUGUACUCACCAUAUACUAUUUACUUUUAUAAUAGAUCAAACGAUUAAACCAUCUUUCACAAGAAGACUGGAGAAAAUGGAGAGUAUCAAAGGAUCUUUUGCCCACUUGGAGUGUCUUGUGUCUGGAUCCCUGCCUAUAUCUGUACUCUGGUACAAAGAUGAGAAGGAGAUCAAGACCGAUGAGAAGCACAAAUUCACAUUCUUUGAGAACUCGGCAUUUCUAGAAAUUAGUCGUCUUGAUAGUGCUGAUAGUGGCGGCUAUACCUGCAUUGCUAGUAAUAAGGCAGGCAAAGACCAGUGUUCUGGUGCCUUGCUCGUGAAAGGUUUGUUAGCUUUGGAUUGUCUUUUGAUGUUAGAUACAGUGUAUAUCCAGUAUAUUGGAAAGUGAGAGCAACUUUAACAAUGCACAUCUUCCCCUUUCAUCAACAGAACCGCCAUCUAUUCUAGAAAAACCUGAAUCACUGGAUGUUUUGCCUGGAUCAAAGGUUCAGUUUAAUGUCCUUUUGUCUGGCACGCCACCCUUGACCAUUAAAUGGUUUAAAGACAAGAAGGAGAUCUUAUCAGGCUCGGAUUGCUCUGUGAUUAAGGAUUACAACUCUACUUCCCUGGAGCUCUUCUUUGCCAAAACGUCAGACUGUGGAAACUAUGUCUGUGAAAUACAUAAUGACGUUGGCUCUGAUGUUUGCCAGGCAACGCUCUUUGUCAAAGGUUGGCAUUGAUCUUCAACUUACCUUAGUCAAUAUAUUUGGGAAUUUCUAUUGAUGUUAAUAUACUGUAUAUUUACGAAUAGUUAAUCUUUUUUGCAGAACCUCCCAGUUUCCUUGAAAAACCUGACAAAUUAUCAGUUGUGAAACUUGGAGAAAAUAAACACUUUGAGUGCCAUAUUGGUGGCACUCCAGAAAUUCAAAUGCACUGGUUCAGAGAUGGGAAUGAGAUAAGUCGUAGUGACAAAUACAAAAUGUUCUUUGUUAAGUCUGUGGCGAGCUUAGAGAUAAUUGGUGCUGAUGCCAGAGACAGUGGAGUAUACUUCUGUGAGGCCUGCAAUGAGGCAGGCAGUGAGAGCUGCAGCAUGGAGUUAGCCGUGAAAGGUUGGUUUAGCCUACUUCUAGUCUUUUGAGCCAGUAAUUAAACAUUUUGCUCAGAUGUUUAUUGACACAAUCCCCCAACUCAUUUAAACCUGCUUCCUUAUUUCAGAGCCACCAGCAUUUAUUGGAGAGUUAACGCCUGUUGAAGUCGUGAAGGGUUCUGUGACUGUCUUUGAAUGCCAAGUGGCAGGAACUGGUCCGUUUGAGGUUACAUGGCACAAAGAUAAAAAGCAGAUCAAAACCAAUAAGAAGCAUGCAAUUUAUGAAUGUGGUAAAGUCAUGAGCCUGAAAAUACAGGAAUGUGAUGCUUUAGAUGUUGGUGGUUAUCAGUGCACAGUUGCAAAUGAGGUGGGAAGCUGUUCAUGUAGCACCACAAUGUCUAUGAAAGGUUAGUCACUUAUGAUGAUCAUUAUUUCUCUAAGUCAAUUUUCACAUUGAAAAUGUCUGCAUUUUCAAUUUAUUAUUCUGAUGAAAUGUUUUCCUCACAUUAGCUCGACCGUCUUUUGUAAAGAAGAUGGAAAAUGCUUCCUCUGUUUUGGGGAGUGUCGCUACAUUUCAGUGUGUUGUGAUGGGGUCGCCAUUUCUGUCUGUACAAUGGAAAAAAGAUGAGAACUGGAUCAUGGAAGAUCCUAAAACUGAAAGGAUCUUUGAGAAUAAUGUGGCAACUCUAAGGAUUCCGAUCUGUGAAGCCUGUCACAGCGGAAAAUAUACCUGCCAGGUUGCAAAUGACGCUGGACAGGACAAGUGCUUUGCAACCCUGAUGGUGCAAGGUGUGUCUUUGCUUGAUUUAAAUUAUGAUCAAGUUUAACAUUUUGAAGUUGAUCGUUACGUUUGUAGCUAAUCCUGAUGUCUGCUUGUUUGUAUUUUAGAACCACCUAAGAUUAUAGAAAAACCAGAAGUGAUAAAUGUCACUCUAGGUGAUCCAGUCAGUUUGGAGUGCAAGGUCUCUGGCACCCCUGAGAUCAAAGUAAAGUGGACAAAAGAUGGAACAGAACUCAUACCCAGCAGGCAAAAUAAACUUAACUUUGAGAAUAACCUCAGUAGUUUGAAGAUUCAGUCUACACAACUGGAAGAUGCAGGGGAUUACCUGUUUGAGGCUACAAACUCUGUUGAUACCUGCAGCUGCAAGGUUAAAUUGAUUGUCGUAGGUCAGUGAGAAAUUAUUUUGAAUUUCUCAGUUAUAAAAACACUACAAAAGUCGAUUUUACUCUCCAUUGCUAAUUGAUUGUUGUUGUUGUUUUGAAACAGAACAAGUCAUUGCUCCUACUUUCAUCAAGAAAUUAAUGGAGAUUCAGGAGGUUUUGGGCUCUUUGGUUUAUAUGGAAUGCAAAGUUGCUGGUUCUUUGCCAAUAUCAGUGCAAUGGACCAAAGAUGGCAGUGUCCUUGCAAGUAAAACCAAGUAUCAGUUAGAGCACAAAGACAACACUGUGUCUUUGGAAAUUAAGAAUUUUGAGGAAGAGGAUACAGGAGAGUACUUGUGUAAAAUCACAAACAAAGCUGGAAGUAGUGACUGCAGUGGUUCAUUAAAAGCAAAAGGUCAGAGUCAUACUUUUAGUUUUUAGAUUUACUCCUAAAUCUUACUCUUACAUUUCUCUAGGCACCAGUUGAUGAACUCAUGUCUCAUUUCAUCUUUCUUCAAAUGGGUUUUAGUGCCACCAAGCUUCGUAUCUGAACCUGAGUCCCAGGAUGUCAUUCCCAAAGCCAAUGUACACUUCCAGGGUGCCUUUCAAGGAACACCUCCUUUUACAGUCAACUGGUUCAAGGAUGACACUGAACUGAUAACUGGACCAUCAUGUUCAGUUGGACUGGAAGGCUUAUCUUGCUCCUUAGAUCUUUACUCAGUUGGAUUUUUGCAAAGUGGAACGUACUCUUGCCAAGUUAGCAAUGAUGCUGGCGCUGUGAAGUGUACAACCAAUUUAUUGGUGAAAGGUUGGAUUAUACUCUUUUUUUUUGCCACCCUUCAUUCAUUUAAUUCCAUCUCUUUUUUUCAUUUUCAUCGCUCCUUCAUCUGCCUUCAUCACCUAUAACCCAUGCUUAUAUAUUUUUUCCAGGGUUGUCUAUCUAUGUAAUAUAACAAAUGUAUUCUCCCAUCUAGUGACCCAUUGGCUGCCUCCCAUCAUCAUCCCAUUCUUUGUUGCUGAUCAUUUUUCAACCCUUGAAGUUCUCAGAAUUCUAACUUCAUAUUCUUGGGCUUUGCAGAACCUCCUGAAUUUGUACUGAAAUUGCCACACACAACAUUCGUGAAGCAGUGCGAGCCACUCCGUCUUGAAUGCAAAGUUACAAGUGCACCCUCUCUGCGAAUGCAGUGGUACAAAAAUGACAAUAAGAUAACAGAUGGUGACAACUAUAGAACAUCCUUUGUUGACUCAAUGGCAGUCCUUGAGCUGCGCUCCACAAGAAAUGCUGAUGAUGGAGUCUACACCUGUGAGGCACAAAAUGAUGCUGGGGCUGUAAGCUGCAGCACCAUCAUCACAGUGCAAGGUCAGCCACUGAAAAGGGACAUUGCCUUUUGCAGUUCAUUCGUUCUCUAUAGCAUGAACCCGAACGUAUGAUUCCUCCUCCUUUUCACUGACAGAGUGACUUAUUUUUGACAUUGCCUUUUGUAGUUUAUUCAGUCUGUGUUAUGAUGUCAGGUUUUCCUUUAAAAUAGUUGCAGCAUGUAUAAUUAUUUCUUGACUUUUCCACCUUUUUAAAAUUCCAUUGAUUGUGUUUAAUGGUCACUACUUGGAUUAUACCAUUGCACAGUUUGGACAUCUGCUAGCAUGGACUAAAAAGCAUGAUCCUUUGAAGCCCUCUUUUCUCUAUGAUUACCAAUGUCCACAUGCUUGCGUAGAUGCAACUUGUUUGCUCUGGAAUCUUGCAACCUGCUUGCCCUGGAAUCUCUUACUUUAACGAAACUGAUCGGCCAAUUGUGUUGUUUUUUAGAUCCACCAAGCUUCAUGAAAGUACCGAAACCUGUAGAGGGGAUCAAAGGAAAAGAUGCUUUGCUAUACUGUGAACUGUAUGGCACAGAACCCUUUAAGAUAAUCUGGUACAAAGACAACAAGCCACUUAAGGAAAGCAGGAAAUAUAAGAUGGUGAAUGAGAGUUGCUCUGCCACUCUCCAUAUUCUUGCAGUGGACCCCUCAGAUGUUGGCGAAUAUGAGUGCAGGGUCACAAACAAAGUAGGAUCUGAAACAUGCCAUACAACAGUUACACUCAGAGGUCAGUAAAACUAUACCCUCAAUGGAUAUUCAACAUAUUUUAGUUAUAUUCAUACAUACAACAUUACCUGUAUGAUUGCUUCUCCUCACCACAAUCAAUCCUUUCUCACUAUUCAGAAGCACCCGUUUUUGUGAAGAAACUGGUGAACCAGUCAGUCAAAUUGGGUGAAGAAGUCACCCUGACGGCCACUGCCAAAGGCUCUCAGCCUAUAACUGUUUCUUGGGUGCAAGAUAAGGAUCAUGUUCUUAGGGAUGGAGACAACCGGAAAAUCACCUUCGAGAACAGCGUGGUCACCCUGAAGGUCUUUAAGGCUGACCAAACCACAGGUGGCAAAUAUACCUGCCAACUCAAAAAUGAUUCUGGAGUUGUGGAAUGUGUUUCCAACCUCACUGUCUUAGGUUCGUAGGACUCUAUUUCCCCCCUCAAUGAAGAUUACAUUGACAUACAUUUGGUAAGUUUCUGCUUUCUAAAUAUGAAUUAUGGUCCUACUUAAUUUUCAGAACCGGCUACCAUUGUGGAUAGCCCAGAGUCAUUCAAUGUCAAGGCUGGUGAUUCAGCAACUCUUGAAGUCACUGUAGCCGGAACACCAGAACUGAAAUCUAAAUGGUUCAAGGAUGGUGUCGAGCUCUCCUCUGGCACCAAGCAUAAGAUAACCUUCUCAAAAAAUAUCUCCAGCCUGAAAGUCAUGUCGACAGAGAGAGUUGAUACCGGAGAAUACAAAUUUGAGGUCAAAAAUGAGGUUGGCAGUGUUUCCUGCAAGACAACCCUCACUGUCCUAGGUUGGUGCCACUAGUAUCAUACCUUCCGAUUAAUUCAAUUUGAUAUUUACACUCCAUUGCCAUUUUAUUACAUUUACGAUCCGUCAUUACUUAUUCUUUCUUAAACAGAUAAGAGGAUUCCACCCACAUUCAUCAGGAAACUGAGAGACACCCAUACUAUUGUUGGUAAACCUGGUGAAAUGGAAUGCAAAGUUGCAGGUUCUCCACCUUUCACUAUCUCUUGGCACCACAUUGGUCAGGAGAUCAAGAGUGGACCAAAUCAUGAGAUAACUUGCAGUGACAACACCUGCAAAGUUAAAGUGUCAACUCUUAAGUUGUCAGACUCUGGAAUAUACACAUGCAAAGCCAUUAACAGUGCAGGAGCCAGUGAAACAAGUGCUUCUAUGAUUGUACAAGGUCAGUAGAUAUGUAGACUUGUCAGCAUGGAUUUUUAUCCUAUGGAGAAAAAGAAAUCCAGCAUGAGAGGUGAUGUGUUUCCGAAAGAAAAUACUUACGCUGUACAACAUUUAUUUUUUCUUAUUUAGAACCUCCAUCCUUUGUGGAAAAACCUCAGGCAAAGGAAGCUCUGCCUGGCGCAAAUGUAACAUUUUCAGCAACAGUCCAGGGAAGUGCCCCACUGAAACUUAAAUGGUUCAUGGGCACCAGGGAAAUUGUGUCUGGACAGGGCUGUGAAAUUGCUCUCCGGGGCUAUACAGCUACUUUGGAGCUAUACAAAGUCACCAAAUCAGAUGCUGGAGAGUAUACAUGCCAGAUUAUUAAUGAUGCUGGGAAGGAAAGUUGCCCAGUUAAUCUGUUCGUGAAAGGUUAGUUAGCAUGGCAAGGAAUUCUACAAUUAUGUAUUUUUUUUCAUGCAUAUGCUAACAUACCGAAACUACAGCGACGUUACUGAUUUGAAUAUUGCUCCUCCCAGAACCAGUACAGUUUGUGAAGAAGCUGAAGGACAUGUCUUCUGAAAAGGGGAAACCUUUGAAACUUGAAUGCACAUACAAUGGAACUCCCAAAAUAUUUGUUACUUGGCUGAAGGAUGGGAAACAGCUCUAUGCCUCUUAUCAGUAUAACGUGUUGACCACAGAGACUUCCUGCAUCUUGGAAGUACUCAAUAGUGAUAGCAUGACGGCAAGUGGGAAAUACUCUUGCGAAGUUACCAAUGGAGUCGGAACUGAUAUCUGCCAUGCUCAAGUGACCUUAUUAGGUAAAAGCAUCUCAAUUCAAUCAUAUGCAUUCAAUCAUAUCAAUUUGAUAAUUUUUUUAUUUAACAAUUUUUAUCUGUCACUUUAGAACGACCAUUCUUUGUUGAGGAAUUGGAACCAAUGGAAGUCACUUCUGGUGAUCCAGUUUGCUUGAAAUGCCGCAUUGGAGGAACCCCUGAUAUUAGCGUGUCCUGGUUCAAAGCUGACGGAAAGCUUCGUGCUACCAAUACUUACCAAAUGGCAUUCUCAAAUGGCAUUGCGACUUUGAUACUAAGCAAACCGUCAAAGGUUGAUACUGGUGAAUACACAUGCAAAGCUGAGAACAGAAUUGGAUCUGCCUCCAACAGCUGCCGCUUAUCAGUGAAAGGUGAUGCUCGUCUUAGUUUUCUUUGCUUGCUUCAUUUUUAUCUUCACAAAUGUUACGCAUAGUAACAAAUGUAAACAUGCCUUCUGUUUAAUUGCUCCAUUCUAGAUGUCAAAACACCACCUUCCUUCCCCAAGAAACUUACUAGUCUUGAACAGGCUGUAGGAAAGCCAGUCAUAUUUGAGUGUUGUGUUGUAGGAUCCUCUCCUUUGGAGGUUUCCUGGCUAAAAGACAAUGGAUCUUUAAAAAAUGAUGGAGAAUACUUAAUGUCUUAUGAUGAUAACACUGCUGCCCUAAAAAUUGCACGAGGUGAAAUUAAACACUCUGGGGAAUACACUUGUAUAGCUACAAAUAGUGUUGGAACUGCAUCUUGUAAAGCUAAGCUCACACUUCAAGUUCAAGGUUGGUAGAUUUUUUACAGAUUUCCUGUUCUUGUUAAAGUCUUUCAUCGUUAAAAGUAUGGCUUCGAUAAGCCACAGCAAGUACUAGUACUGUGUUUGUGUUGAAAUAGUCUUUUUUUCAUGCACGAACCAUCCUAAUAACAGUGAUGUAACUUAAUUUCACUAUUGCUCCUCUCAGAACCAGUACACUUCAUCAAGAAGCUGGCAGACAUUUCAGUUGUCAAGGGCAAACCUUUGAAACUUGAAUGCACAUACUCUGGAACGCCCAGAAUAUUUGUCACCUGGCUGAAGGAUGGGAAACAGCUCUAUGCCUCUUAUCAGUAUACUGUGAAAACCACAGACACCUACUGUAUGUUGGAUGUGCUUAACAGUGACAGUUUUGAGGCAGCUGGGAAAUACUCUUGCGAAGUUACCAAUGAAGCCGGAACUGAUAUCUGUCAUUGUCAAGUGAAAAUAGGUAAAAAUCCUUAAAGAAUCUUCUUACAUGUAUUUCUUAUACAUGUUUCAGGUAAAGUAUUAUGAUUACUAGUUGUGUAAGGUACAGUAAACACUAGUAGGCUGUAUGGUUACCAUUACAAAUGUGUGUAAUCUGUUGUACAUAUGGUUACCAUUACCUUGCAAUAUCUUUGUAUUUUCUGUUAUUUCUGUACGGUUCCAGAAAAAAAUAUUCCAAAAUUCUUACAAAUAAUAUUGUUUCUCUACAUCUUGCUAUAGUGUGCUCUAUAUUUUGAUUCAAGGACAUAAUUGUCAUAAUUCAACCUAUUGAUGUUGUACAAUUUAUUAUGUCACUAGAGCGCAAAAUCUCCCCCAACUUCACCAAGAAGCCCGCAGAGACAAGGGAAGAUGCAGAGGGUCAGUUGGUGAAGAUUGAGGGUUGUUUAUCUGGAUCUCAACCCAUGGACAUCAUUUGGUCCAAGAAUCACAGUGAAAUUCACGCCUCUGAUAAGUACGAAAUGGAAUUCAAGAGCAACGUGGCCAUGCUGUAUAUCAAGAGCUCCCAACUCUCAGACAGUGGCGUUUAUACCUGCACAGCCACCAAUGAAGCUGGCAGUGCCUCUUACCAAGUGUCACUUAACAUUUCAGGUGUGUAUCUUUGUGUGUAUUGCCAUAUUAUAUUUGUAUGCAUUCUGUUGCAUCACUAGUCAACAUUCUUGUGCAUGCUUCUAUAAAAUAAAUCUUUGUUGUUCACUAAACUUCACCAGAACACAAGAAGGGCCCUGUAUUCGACAUCCCUCUCAAACCUGUGACUGUAAACGAGGGUGAGAAACUGAAGCUUAGCUGCCAUGUCAAUGGAGCCCCUCCUCUGAAGAUUAAUUGGUUGAAGGACAGGAAGGAGAUAAAAUCCUCCACAAACUGCAGAGUUGUUUUUUCUGAUGGCAAUGCCUCUUUGGAGGUCCUCCGCACAUCAAAAACAGAUGCAGGGGACUAUCUCUGCAAGGCUACCAACGAUGGGGGAAGUGAAUUUGCAAGGUCCAGAGUGACAAUUAGAGGUAACAAGGUCAUAUUGUGAAAAAGUACUUUCUUGACUUUCCUAUUUUGUAUACUGUACAGUUUGUCACCAAUGCUGCAAUUUGACAUUUCAUUGUGAUUUUCCCUCUGGGGAGCUGCUUGACUGAAAUUCUGUUUGAUUUCAGAAAAAGGAGCCAAACCUGAGGCCGCUGCUACUGCAGCCCCAGCCCCAGCAAAGACUCCAACAAAGAGGUUCGACAACUUGUUCUUCGUAGAUGAGCCCCAGAGUGUCAAUGUAACAGAGAGUAAGUAUGAUUAACUUAUUCUCAAUUACAUCUAAACAUUGACCUCAAAAUCCUUAGAAAAUAUUUUACCGUGCUUGUGCAUGAUGCCAACUUGAUGUUGUUUCUGACUCACAGAGGGCACUGCAACGUUCAUUGCCAAAGUUGGAGGUGAUCCCAUUCCUAAUGUGAAAUGGAUGAAGGGCAAGUGGAGGCAGAUCACUCAUGGUGGUCGUAUCAUUAUUGAGCAGAAAGGCCCAGAUGCCAAGUUGGAGAUCAAAGAAAUAACCAAAUCUGACUCUGGACAGUACAGAUGUGUCGCAUCUAACAAAGCUGGAGAAAUAGAAUGCAGCACUGACCUGAAUGUUGAGGAAAGGAAAGACGCUGGGGGAGUAGAUGGAGACUUCAGAGCAAAACUGAAGAAGUAUGUGUUGUUGUAAAUAAAUAUGUAAUGCCACCAAUAGCUUUAACAUCUAAUGAGAGACACUUUAAAUUAUUACUACAAUAUGUAUCCCUCUCUUCACACACAGGACACCAUCCAAACAGAAGAGUCCAAAGAAGGAGGGAGAGAUUGACCUCGUGGAGAUUCUUAGGGGUGUGGACCCCAAAGACUAUGAAAAAGUUGUUAGAGAAUACGGAAUCACUGACUACCGUUGUCUUCUUCAGGCCAUUGAGCAGCUGAAGAGGGAGAAAGAAGCAGAAAGUGGAAAACCGGUAAGAUAAUAAAUAAUUUAAAUGGCCUAUCUAGGACUAAGCAGGGCUCGACAUUGGUACCGGCCCAGGAAGGGUUCAACCCUACAGGGAAGUAAGUCAUCCAGGAUAGCUUGCUGCCCACCAAGGCUUCUUCACAAGCUGUUCUUAGGAGCAGCAAAAACUACUCUGCUUUUGGGGAUUUACCAUAAUGUUGAGCCCUGCUGUAAAUAACUAUUUAUUGUGAAUACAAUAUAUUAUUAUAACUUUAAAUUUUUCUGAUCCAGGAAACUGAGCAUGGAGGAGAAUCUGAGGAUACGGCCAGGUUUAUGGCUGAGUUGCAAUCAAGAAUGCAGGCUGAGGUACUAAAUGUUCCUAAUAGAUUAAUUAAUAGAAUGCGUCCACUAAAAUGUGUUAGGUUCGGCAGAAUAUGCACUGAUAAUAAAUACUUUUUAUCUGCAGCCUGUUACUCUGGUGAGCGACAUCGAAGACCAAGAUACCACUCCAUUAAGCACAGCAACCUUUGAGUGUGAUAUCAAAAUCAACUACCCUGAGAUCACCCUGUCCUGGUACAAGGGAACUCAGAAGCUUGACAACAACGACAAAUAUGAAAUCAGCAUUGUCGGUGACCGUCACAUCUUGAAGAUCAAGCAGUGUCAAACCAAAGACCAAGGCAACUACCGUGUUGUAUGUGGCCCACAUAUCUCCAGCGCCAAAUUGACCGUUGGGGGUAGGUACUCGUUUAUGUUUUUUUAGUCCUCAUGAAAGAGAUGUACUUUAUUGUUUAUACUGGGAAUUGAUAUAUUUCUUAAUCCCAUACUAAUUUACAGAUGGAGAUCAACAAGGUAAGGGACCAUAGUUUGAACAAAUAGUUUGGUUUUAGGAUAUCAUUCAGUUUGCCUCCAGGAUAUAACUUACUAACCUCUUUGCUGCUCUUAUUGUACAUGUAUUUGUUACGUCUUUGUUUGUUAGAUUUUUCUUGUUCUUUAUGUUUGACUUCUUUAUGUUUUACUGCAUUUAACAUAGAUUCACUUAGAUAUUUAAGAUCCCACUUAAGAAUCACAAUUACAUUUGUAAUAAAUUAUUUAAAGAAAGGAUGUAACAUUUAAGAUACAAAUGUUACUCAUCGUUUUAAACUAAACCCCAACUGCCAAUGCUAAGACUGAUUCCCAUUAUCUGCUUUUAGCUGGCAUAAUUCACUUCACCAAACGCAUCCGGAGCAUUGAGGUGAAUGAGAACCAAUCUGCUACCUUUGAGUGCGAGUUGUCCUUCGACAAUGCUAUCGUUACAUGGUACAAAGACACUUGGGAACUUAAAGAGAGCCCAAAGUAUAACUUCAGAAGUGAAGGCCGACGACACUUUAUGACCAUCCGCAAUGUAACCUCUGAUGAUGAAGGUGUGUAG